GUCCAAACUCCAAAGUGAUUCCAAUCGCGCAGUUAAGCACUUAAGCUAACUAGCUCUUAGCCAUGGCUAAGAAUUCGAUGACUCUUCCCAUUUUUAGCAUCUCAUUCGCCUUUUUCUUCUUCUUCCUCAUCACUUCUCCGGCUACCGGAGAAGAGCAAAUCUUCGGAAAGCCGGUAGACCAGAAAUCUCUUGGACUCAAGAAGGAAAAAGCAAGUCAUUUCCGCUUCUAUUGGCACGACGUUCUUAGCGGGACCAAGCCAACCUCAGUCAUAGUCAUCCCGCCGGCGAAAAACUCGUCGCCGAUGACCAUCUUCGGGCAGACAAACAUGAUGGACAACCCGCUAACUAUAGGGCCGGAUCUGAGCUCCAAGUGCGUCGGAAGGGCGCAGGGGAUUUAUGCUGCGGCGGGUCAGGACGAGCUUGGGUUCUUGAUGGUGAUGAACCUGGCUUUCAUUGAGGGCAAGUACAACGGCAGCACCCUCACCGUGCUCGGCCGGAACCCGGCGUUACAGAAGGUCCGGGAGCUGUCCAUCGUCGGCGGCAGUGGGCUUUUCCGGUUCGCUCGCGGCUACGUUGAGGCCAGGACUCAAUGGCUUGAUUUAAAGACAGGCGAUGCCACGGUUCAAUAUGAUGCUUAUGUGUUGCAUUAUUGAUCCCACCAUCGGCUAUAAUUUGUUUGUCUCUUUAAACCAUUAAUUAAUUAUAUUAUUAAAAGAAUUGUGUUGAAAUAUUAUUGAAUUAGUCAUCUUCUAACUAUUCCUGAUUAGGAAUUAUUAUCACCAUUACAUAAAUAAUUAGGAAAUCAUAAUUGUGAUUUCAAGGUGAUAAAUGUGUGGCUCACAAUGAUCUCCUAAUCUCAUUGAGCUCACACUUUCUCCUAUAAAUAGGAGUCAUUCUCAUUGUAAUUAACACACCAUUACAACACCAUUAUCACACUUCUAAUAACAUCUUUCUCACUAAGUAUUCAG